UCAGCCAUGCAACUCAGCCCAGAUGCUAAAUUCUGCUCCAGCUCUGUGGUCUGCUGUGAGGAUUCCUGCAUGGAUUUCCUGGCCCAUGGGGGAUCCUCUGCUUCCAGGACACCAGGUCAAUCAGCAAUGGCUGCAGCAGAAAUUCCCAGUUACAUUGUUUCUUCUCAGACUGAGAAACACAGAAGGGCCAGAAACUGGACUGAUGCAGAAAUGAGAGGUUUAAUGCUGGUUUGGGAAGAAUUUUUUGAUGAACUGAAACAAACUAAAAGGAAUGCCAAAGUUUAUGAGAAAAUGGCUAACAAACUCUUUGAAAUGACUGGAGAAAUUCGCCACGGAGAGGAAAUAAAGAUAAAAAUUACAAAUAUGACAUUCCAGUACAGGAAAUUAAAAUGCAUGACUGAUAGUGAAACCGUCGCACCUGACUGGCCUUAUUACAAAACCAUUGAUAGAAUCCUGUCUAAAGUAACAGACCACAGUGAUGUGAAAAUGCAUGAAAGUCAGCAACCAGGCCCUUCUACAUCACAGACUGAGGCCUCGCAGUCUCCAUCAGCUAAGUCUACACCUCUGUACUUGCCAUAUAACCAGUUUACGUAUGAAGGAAGGGAAGAAUGUUUUGAAGAUGAACAUUCAGAGAGCUCAUCAAGCUUACUUUCUUAUAAGUUGAGAGCUGAAGAAAGACCAGUUAAGAAAAGAAAGCUUCAAAGCUGUAGUUUCCAAAAGAAGAAACUAAAACUAAUGGAAGCCAUGUUGGAAGAACAAAAGAAGUUAAGCAGAGCUAUGGAAGAAACCUGUAGGGAGGUGCGCAGGAUCCUGGAUCAGCAAAACAUCAUUCAAGUUCAAAGCCUGCAGCUACAGGAAAGAAUGAUGAACCUACUGGAGAAAAUGAUCUCCAAGUCUAAUGUGUAGUUUCCUUUGUGAAUGCUGCUUAACUACACUAUUUAACAAUGUUAUAGAAAUCCACUAUCACACACCUUAUGUGUGUGUCUGUUGCCCUUUUCCCAUGUUUUCUAUGGAAAUUAAAAUCUUAGUGUAAUCCUAGUGAAACAAAGAGAACAGUUAAUGCAGGGUGAGAGCUAUCCAGGAUCUUGUGGAGUUAAGUAAUAACAAUGAGGAAAUUGGUGCAAUAUAUACCUAAUUGUAACUAUUUUUGUACUGAAUGGUUAAGGGACGAGUAGCUCUGGGAAAUGAAAUUUACUGUACUAUUUAUGCUAAGGUCAGGUAUUCUUUUACAAGCAGCAGUGUUGUGGACUGCUUCAUACCAAGGUCUGCAACCUGACCUACUGUGGGAGACUACAGUAGUGUAUUUUCCAGACACAUUCACUGCAUUUCUGACUUUGUCCAAGCCAGACUCAGUUUUGAAACACAUGCAGUGGUUGUGUGGUGUGAACUGAUUCUUGUGAAGAACUAGUUAAGAUCACCAAACACCUGUCAUUUUAAACUCCAUGCAAAAAUGAAUAAUGUUCAAAAAUGAAAUAUUAAAUAUCUACCCAAAUACACUUUUGAUAAAAAAAAUAAAAACUAUAUACUGAAUACUAAACUGUAUUGAAAGUACUUGAAGUUGCUUUUGAUAUUAAAUGUAUAAUUUUUUUCAUUUUUAA